GCAUAAAGGUGCACCUUUAUAAUGUGACAGACCCUUUAGAAUACUUUGAGCUCUAUUUUGAUGAGGGUCUGAUAGACAUGAUUGUGGAUGAAACUAAUAGAUUUGCUCAACAGUAUAUUCAAGGUGCAACCCUGAAACCGAAAUCCCGUGCAAGAAAGUGGACCCCAACUAACAGCAAUGAGAUCAGGGUGUUUCUUGCUUUGUUGAUACUCCAAGGUAUAGUUCACAAACCUGUUGCUGAAUGGUACUGGUCAACGAAGGACACACUUUCGACACCCUAUUUUGCUUCAGUGAUGUCUGUCAACAGAUUCAAACUCCUCAUGCAAUUUCUCCAUUUUGUGGACAAUACAACGUUUGAUGCGGACAAUGAUCCCAGCCCUAAACUCUUCAAACUGCAACCUGUGCUUGACUAUAUAGCUGAGAAAUUUGUGUCAGUCUACACCCCAGAGAGAGAGAUUUCAAUAGAUGAAUCAUUGAUGCUGUGGAAAGGCCGUCUUGGGUGGAAACAGUACAUUCCAAUCAAGAGAGAUCGUUUCGGGAUAAAAUCAUUUGAACUCUGUGAGUCUUCUAGUGGAUAUAUAUGGAAGUUCAUUGUAUACACUGGGAAAGAGGCUAAUCUAAAGAGAGAUGGAAAACUUCUAUCGACCAGUGUAGUUCUUGAUCUAGCUGAAGACCUUUUAGACAAAGGCUAUAAGAUUUAUAUGGAUAAUUUCUACUCAAGUCCAGAACUUGCCCAGAUUCUUGUAGACAGAAACACUGAUGCUGUUGGAACCCUUCGACUCAACAGAAAAGGUAAUGGCACUUCAUGUUUCACAUUUCAUCUUUAUUUUUCUGGUGAUUUAUUGUAAAAAAAUAAAGAAAUACGGUAGUAUACUUACUGAAUCCUCCUCUGCUUUAUAUCUUUUCAGGUGUACCAAAAGAUGUGAAAGAUAAAAAGCUGAAGGCAGGCGAGGUGAUCGCCCGCCAGUGUGGCAGGUUGACGGUGAUGAAAUGGAAAGACAAAAAGGAUGUUUCCCUACUCAGCACUGCUCAUGAUACUAGCAUGGCUAAUGUGACUACCCACAAAGGAGAGAGGAGUAAACCCAAAAUAGUUCUUGAAUACAAUAAUUCAAUGGGAGGAGUUGACCUUAGUGACCAACUUUUGUACAGUUACCCCCUAACCUGGAAGCGCCAAAAAAAAUGGUAUAAGAAAAUGUUUCGUCAUGUUAUGAAUAUGUGUGUUAUAAAUGCAUACUGUCUCUACAAGAAAAACCCAGCAAAUGCCAACACCGACCAGCUGGACUUUCGCUUGCAACUGGUUGACAGACUGAUGGAAGAGUAUAGAGAUGGUGAUGAACAGCCAAAGAAAGGACGUCGAUCGACAGAUGGUGUUGCGGAACGUCUGAAGGGGCGCCACUUUCCCUCAGUUAUCCCCCCGACAGAGAAAAAAACCAACCCAACUAAGAGGUGUAAAGUAUGCUGCUCUC